CAAGGAAUGAAUUCUAAGUAUUUACUGCGCGUGAACCAGCUGGACGCGCUGCAGCUCGACGAUGGCAUCCAGAAGGUGUUCACGGACAGUCUGUCCAGGAUUCUGGACGUCUCGCCGAAGUUCCUCACGAAAUUCCACCCGGAACUGGAGCUGCUCCUGCGCUCGGUGCUCUGGCGAUUCUCCAUCUACCGCGAUAAGGCGUCUUUCGGCCAGCAGAUGCUCUUCCUGCGCUACAACGAGGAGCAGUUGAAGAGCUGGAAGCUCGCGCUGCACUUCCUCUUCGCCGUGGCGCCGAAAUACGUGAAGGACAAGCUAACUUAUCAGUGCACGAGCAGCGAGAGCCUGCAGAGGCUUCUCUCGUGGAGCCAGACGAUGCUCAAUGUCCUCUUCCUACUCAACACCGCGCACUUCCUUCGCACGGGCAGAAGUCCUGGUCUGGCGGACUUCCUGCUGCGCCUGGAGUUCUGCGACGCGGCCGGGAAGCACCAGCGCAAUAUUGGCUACUUCCACAUGACGCGCGAGCUGCUUUGGGCGGGCUUCAUCGAGUUCAUCGGCAACGUGCUGCCCUUCGUGAACUACCACAAGCUCAAGAGGCGCCUUCGGUGGUUUCUGGGCGAGACGUACGCGGUCAGGAGGGAGAAAAUGAGGCUCACGGACAAGAGUCUGUGCGCGUUCUGCAAUGAGCGCCCCGUUCUGCCUCACGUGCUCGAUUCCUGUCGCCACAUUUACUGCUUCUACUGCCUCAGAGGGAAUCUGGACGCAGAUCCGGAUUUCAACUGCGUCCUAUGCGGCGACGACGGCAGCGAAUUUGAGCAAAUCAGUGGAUUUAGGCGGUGAUUUGAGUGUUCAAUUUUAGUGAUAAGGGUUAGGAAAGAUAAUUUAAAUUAAAUGUUUUAUAAGGGAGAAUGUUUCAUUUCUUCAGCAGAUUCAGAAGUUCUU